GCGCGGUCCGGAGAUUUCAUAACACGGCUUCACGCGCUCCGGUUUUCUCUCAUUAAAGUGUGAUUUCACGGUGAUCUCGUGAAUAAAACCGGCAAUAAACAUGGUGGAAGGUCCGGGCUGCACUUUGAAUGGAGAGAAAAUCCGCGCCAGAGUACGGAAAGGACAGACGGUAAAGGAAAUCAGAGGAAACCUGACAAAUUCAACAACCAAACCCGGAGAGAGUCCGUUCUGCUGUCUCCAUGGAGCUCAGUACAGUGGAGUAGAGACUCUGGGGAAGGAGCUCUUCAUGUACUUUGGUUUAAAAGCUUUACGAGUCCACUUUGGCAUGAGUGGCUCCUUGCGCAUCAACCCCACAGCGCUGAAGGAGAGGAGCGGUCAGAGCCAGAGACCAGCUUUGGAGAUCCACCUGACUAAUGACACCGUGUGCUUUUUUGACAGCACUGUGGAAAUCAGGUGGACAGAGGACUGUGAGCAGAGGGUGCGCUCCUCCUCUCACCUGGAUGUGUGCUCUCCUAAGUUCAGCCUGUCAAGUUCAGAGGAGGCGGUGAGGGCCCAGGGCGGGCGUAUGCUCUGUGAUGUGCUCCUGGACCAGAGCAUCAUGCCUGGAGUGGGAAACAUCAUCAAGAACGAAGCUCUGUUUGACUCUGGCCUCCAUCCAGCUGUCAAGGUGCAGCAGCUGACGGACAAACAGAUCCACCAUUUGGUCAAGAUGACACGGGACUUCACUCUGCUGUUCUAUAAGUGUCGUAAGUCCGGCUCGCCCCUGCACAGACAUUACAAAGUCUACAAGCGGCCUGAGUGUGGCCAGUGCAGUCAUGUGAUCACCGCGUGUCGCCUGGGAGACCACGGCCGCAUGACGUACUUCUGCGAGCGCUGUCAGAGAGGAGAUCCCAGCGGACUGGAUGUCAGUACGUUGCCGGUGAGGAACAGUCUGAUUGGCUGGGUGUACAGGGACCAGCCGGAGGAGAGUGUGGGGAAGAAGGAGGAGGAGGACUGGACCUGUGAAGUGUGCACCCUCAUCAACCCUCCAGCGUGCGCAGCCUGUGACGCCUGCCUCACGGCCAGACCCAAGGUCCACACAGAACCCACCAACCCUGACUCCUCCCCCUACCCCAGCGACCUGAUCAAAUACCCCUGCACCGCCUUCAAGAAGCCCGACCAGGACCUCAAGCUCAACUGGAGGUCCGCGUUCGGCACCUCCACCCUGAUCUUCUCCGACUUCACCCCCAACAAGAACAACAACAGCAGCAACCACCACCAGCUAAAGCCGCUAAACUCCCCGCGCGGCUCUCAUCUGAAUUCUACCGCGGAAGGUUCACACAAACACAACAUCUGCCAAGGGACCAGCAGCCCCAAUUAUGCCUCUGGUGGCUGGGACAAGCACGGGUACUCCGCUGGGGAAAACAGUCACCCAUCCAAGAAAAUGAGAAUUGAUAACGGGACCCCCAACUCACGCGUUCCCACGGCGACAGCAGCAGCAGCCAGCCCCAGCUCCUCCGCGCCUCCGUGUCCCAGCGCGCCGUGUUGCUCCGCCCACAGACGACCAGCUGCCCUGCGAGUGGUUCACAAACACGGGGAGAACAAGGGACGCGUCUUCUACACCUGCUCACUGCCCCCGGAGACCAAAUGCAACUUCUUUGAGUGGGCCGACUCGCACUUCCCCUUUUGUCACCAUGGGAAACGCUGCCUAAUGAGGACAGUUCUCAAACUAGGCCCCAACAACGGCAGGAACUUCUAUACCUGCAGUUUGAUAAAGGGUAAACAAUGUGACUUUUUCCAGUGGGCAGCGAACGCACCAGGCUGUUAGCGGGCUUGUACUGUAGGGCACGCGUAAAGAAAAAAAAAAACUGCUGCUGUGUGUGUUUUCGCUAAAUCUAUAGACGCAACAAAUGUAUAGUUUUGUCAAACUUUGAAAAUGUGUAACUUUUGUGCCUCAAAUCAUAUCUGUAACUCAACUAUACCCCUUCUUUACAUUUUGUGGAGUUUUUGGAACUUUAUACCAAGUUAUAAUGUAAUAAAGCAUCCAUCAGAAUACGAAUUGAAAAGUUAUGACUUCAAGAAUUACAAUCAUAAAAUGAAAUGAAACGGUUACGCUUUCUUCAGUAAGAAUAUGAAUUCACAGAGGCGACUUUACUGUCAUCACUUCACACGCAUUAUGCCGGACUUUUGCACUUGCACAGGCCACAGACUGAACCAGGACUAAACCAGGACUAACCUAGGACUAUCCUAACCUAGGACUAAACCAGGAGGACUAAACCAGGACGACUAAACCAGGACUGAACCAGAACUCACUGUCAGGAGGGGCCCAGAGGUGUGCCCGCGUAGACUGUCGGGUGACCACAGGCGAAAGGACCGGCACAGAGGUCUGCACUCCAUGGAGGUAAGCGGAGCCGUCGCCCCAUUGGGCUUUGCGGAUACCCUGCUCCACGGGUUUCGCUCUCAAGUCCAAGAUUAGUCCUGCUUUCGACUUGGUUUAGUCCUGGUUUAGUCCUAGUUUUGUCUUAAUUUAGUCCAGACCUGCCCGUAAAAUUCCAGAACAUUAAAUCGCGCCCGUUUCAGCAACUAUUUGCCCAUACCCGUCAGGUCCCCGCGGCUACAUGACCUGGUGCUGGACUCAUACAAAACAAUAUACUACAACUUCACAAACCUGAUGUGAUGUGCAGUAAUUUCAUGAAGAAGAGCUUCAAAAACAAAACUGAAGCUUAUUAAAUAUAUGAAUACUUUGUUAUAAGCAAAUAUAGCAUUUUCAAAACAAUAAAAGGUAACAUGGUGAUCUAAAUAUAUUAUGAAUUAGCAAGUAAUACCGCCUCUUUAAAUAUGCAACAAAUGUAUUGUAUUUUUAUCUAACUUUUGUAACUUUGUGCCUGUGAACACCAAAUAAUUUCUGUAACUUUUAAUGUUUUUAUGUCGCUUGUAUACAUGUGCUCAGAGCUAUAUAAAUUAUGCUAUGUUCAAUAAAGAAUGAAGCGAGCCAUCGAAAAUAUUAACUUUAUUAUUUACAGAUUAAAAUUAUAUAAAAGAUAUAAGAGAUUGGUCAUUUAUUCUUGGUUUUUAAAGUGCAUUUUUCAAAAGCAGUCAACAGACAAAAG